CUCUAUAUAUACUCACUAGAAGCCAUCAUAUCUCUUCGCUCAUUUUCUCUGUUUCUUCACAGCAAAGUACACCUCUACUAGUGCUCCCACUAACCUGUUUUCUAACUCUUUUAACUCAUUAAAAACCAAGACGUCCUUUUUUCAUCUAAACUCUCAAUUCUCUCUUCUUUUCAAGCACAAGUUAAUCUCUCUCUCUCUCUCCCUCUCUCGAACUUUCACUAUGCCCUCAAGGCUCUCAGACGCCUUUAGAGCCCACCCUGUCCACCUCCAACAACUCAAACACCCUGACUUUACCUCACUCCAAGAACUGCCUGACUUGUACGCAUGGAAUCAGCGCGACGACUACCCUUGCGGCGAUGCCUUUGCCGCUGAAUCCGUUCCGAUUAUCGAUCUCGAUGACCCUAAUGCUCUGCAAGGUAUCGGCCAUGCAUGCAAAACGUGGGGCGUUUUCCAAGUCAUCAAUCAUGGCAUCCCUCCUAGCCUCCUUGACAUGGUGGAGUGCACUGGCCGAACCCUUUUCUCUUUACCGGUCCACCAAAAACUCAAAGCUGCUAGAUCACCGGAUGGUGUGUCGGGCUAUGGAUUUGCAAGAAUUUCCUCCUUUUUUUCUAAGCUUAUGUGGUCAGAGGGCUUCACUAUUGUCGGGUCACCAGACGAGCAUUUUCGCCAACUUUGGCCCCAAGAUUACAGCAAUUACUGUGAUGUGAUUAAAGAAUACAAGGAAGAAAUGAAAAAGCUAGCAGGGAGAUUGAUGUGGCUGGUGCUGGGUUCCCUAGGCAUAAGAGCCAAGCAAGAUAUGAAAUGGGCUGGCCCAAAGGGUGACUUCAGAGAGGCUUCAGCAGCCUUACAGUUGAAUUUCUACCCGGCUUGUCCCGACCCGGAGAGAGCCAUGGGUCUCGCCGCGCAUACGGACUCAACCCUCCUCACCAUCCUCUACCAAAACAACACCAGCGGGUUGCAGGUCCUAAAAGAGGGAGCUGAGUGGGUGACAGUCCCUCCGGUACCUGGCGGGCUAGUGAUCAACGUAGGGGACCUGAUGCAUAUACUAUCCAACGGGUCAUACCCGAGCGUUCUUCACCGGGCCAUGGUGAACCGUUCCCGUCACCGGCUAUCCAUAGCCUAUUUAUAUGGGCCACCAUCCAGUGUCAAAAUAUCACCCCAUCCGAAACUAGUAGGCCCAAGUCACCCACCCCUCUACCGACCAGUUACUUGGAAUGAAUACCUUGACACCAAAGCAAAGCAUUUCAACAAGGCACUGUCCUCGGUUCGGGUUUGUGUUCCCCUAAAUGGAUUGGUUGAUGUAAAUGAACACAAUAAUAGCGUAACAGUUGGCUAAGAGAGAGUCACUUUUGCUUUUUUA